AUGUGGAAGCUGCCCGAAUGGAGAGUGCUGAAAGCUAGAUCAGGAUACGCCGAAGGCUUGACAGUGAACGAGGCGGAAUACCAUGGGCUGUUGCUAUGUUUGGAUCUGUUGGAGGAUCUGGAUCCGCGCCGUCUGGUGAUCUGCCGAGACUCGAACAUGGUGAUCCGACAAAUUGAUUGUAAGGCGCCAGGUCUGACACUGUUACACCAGCGAGCCUUGGAGCGACUACGUACGUGGCCAGAUCACGAACUAUUACACGUCAAACGAGAUUGGAACGGAAGUGCUGACAGCUUAGCAAGCGCUGCUCUGCAGCGGCAAUGUGGGGUCGAGAUAGAGUCUGACAUGGAGAUCCAGAAUCUCAUAACUUUAAAUCGGUUGGACGAGAUCCUGAUAGUGAAAGUCGAAGACGAGAUCGCACAGAUUUCAGCUGUGACGACCCGAUCCAAGGCUAGACUGGAGUGUGUAUUGGAUCUGAUCCAGAUCCCUUACGAGAAGAAGUCAGAGCUACGGAUCGAGAGGAUCCGGCAAGCGCAGGACGAAGAGUCGUGGAUCCUGGGCUUGAAGAAGUAUUUGGUUGGGGAGAUCCGGGAUCUGACACAAAACGAUGCUAAGAUAUUUGGCUCUUUUGCUAUGAAUUAUGAAGUGGAUCAGUCUGAUCUACUUGUCUACUGCCCGACAACUAGAGAAGCAGCCGCAGAUCGUGAUAAGUUGAUGCUACUAGUGAUACCUGAGACACUUCAACGGGACAUUUUGCAUCACUAUCACACGAGCCUACAGAGUGGCCAUCAAGGGUUCGGUCGCACCUACGAUCGGAUCCGUGAUCAUUUCCACUGGAGAGGGCAGUCCAAGAGUGUGCAGCGAUAUGGUGAGGCACCUGGUAACCUUCAGGCAACAUACCCAUUCCAGAUCAUCGCCAUGGAUCACAUACCUUCGCUACCUAGAUCCUUCAAUGGCAACACCGAAUUACUGAUCUUCGUGGAUCUAUUUUCAGGGUAUGUGAUCGCCAAAUCCAGCGUCUCCAGAUCCGCUCAAACAAUCGCGGAGACCUAUGAGGAAUGA